AUGUUCGAGGACUUCUCCUUUACGUCGCCGUCGUCGCGCCCGCCACGACUCACAGUGGACGCCGAUGACCGGAUCAUGCUAGACUGCGACAGCACGCUGGUCUCGCCGCUCUCCUCGCGAUGUCCAUCGCCGCAGUCUCAUCGGUUUCGAACAGGGUCUCGCUCUCGCAACUCCUACAUCCGUUCUCCGCCUGCCCCGACCUCUGUGCCAUUUCCUUAUGAGCCAAAGAGAUUGUCUAUCUCGACCUUGACCCAGAAACUGCAUGAACAUAGCCUUCACCCUGCACAACACUCCCAUGACUCCCCCCCUGGCUCUGCAGCACUGCCGGGGUCAAGGUUCGCAGGGUACGUCCUCACGCCGCCAGAUACGGACCACGACGAAGAAGGGCUCGGGAUGAGUGAUCACCUGUCUUCGCCUCUAUCGUCCAGCGUGAGUCCCACAUCUAUGCCCCAGGACUCUCGGGAUCAAGGCAGGAGAGCAGCAGACCGGUCACCAAGUGGUGGUGGCACCGGAUUACCCGAUCAACUGAACGUGCGGAUUCAGCGGCAGCGCAUCGCUCGGCUACAAUGCAGUUCCGCGGAAAUGGACGCCAUUCGCCGAACAGUGCUAGCCGACGAAGACGACGACAACUGCCCCGGUGGAGACGAAGGUUACCAUCCCAGCUCCCUGCCCCCGCGGUCCCCGACACGUCGACGAACGACCACUUCAGUGCGCAGCAGAUUCGGCCCAGAGUCUCCCGUCUCUGCUUCGGGACCAGGGACUGCGACUUCCCAUGCUCGGCGGAAGAGCAGUUCUGCUGGGGUCUUGCAGCCUCAGGCGAACCGGGUUGAGAAAAGUCAGAGUGCGGGUCCGUCUAAGCGCAGCGAGCAUGGUCUGAGACGGAAGAGUCUGGUUAGUGCUGCGCUGGCGAAUUUGGCGGAGUGA